AAUUCUUAUACUGCACACGUCCGUUUCUCCCACGCCGGCCAUUUUUGUCCCAUUAAGCAUUUACUCAAUCAAUCUCUUAUCAUCCUCAUAGCCUCUUCCAAGACACACCCGAAACCUACUUCGCCAAAACUCUGCCAUGGAAUCCACCAUCGCCGCCCUCCUCUUCCUCCUCAUCCUCUUCCCCUCAUCACCGACCAACCCCCCUCCUCCCUCCUCCUCCUCCUCCUCCUCCUCCUCCCGUUCCUCUUCUUUCUCCGAACUCUCCACCUGCCUCCUCUCCUCCGGCGUUCACAACUUCACCCACAUGGAAAACUCCCAUCUUUUUCCUCAUCUCCUCAACUUCUCCAUCCAAAACCUUCGCUUUUCACAUCCCCACCCCCCUCCCCAACCAGCAAUAGCAUCCAUCAUCAUCCUCCCCCACGACCUCCCUUCCCUCCAAUCCUCCAUCAUCUGCUGCCGAGCUUCCUCUCUCACCAUCCGCCUCCGAAGCGGCGGGCACAGCUAUGAAGGCCUCUCCUACCUCGCACCCAACCAUUCCUCCUCCAUCGCCCUCCUCGACCUCAUGAAUCUCGAUCACAUCGACGUCGACGUCGCCGAAAAAUCCGCCUGGCUCCAAUCCGGCGCCACUCUCGGUCAGCUCUACCAUGCCAUUGCCGCCGCCGCCGGAGCUUCAUCUCAACCGCUCGCCUUCUCCGCAGGCUCCCGCCCCACCGUUGGCCCCGGCGGGCACAUCGCCGGCGGAGGAUUCGGUCUUCUCUCGCGCAAAUACGGCUUAGCCGCAGACAACGUAUUGGACGCCAUUCUCAUCGCUCCGGACGGACGGAUUCUAGACCGGGAAGCCAUGGGAAAGGAGCUCUUUUGGGCCAUUCGUGGUGGCGGUGGUGGGACCUGGGGAGCGGUUUAUGCUUGGAAGAUUCAGCUCCAGACCGUUCCCAACCGGGUCUCCGCCUUUAUCGUGAAUCGGUCCGGUUCAAACCGGGAAGUGGCAGAGCUGAUCGAUGUCUGGCAGAAGGUGGCUCCGGCUCUUCCGGAUGAGUUCUAUGUUUCGUGUUUUGUGGGUGGGAGUCUACCGGAGUCGACCGGGUUCGGAAUAUCGGUCACGUUCAAGGGUCUAUAUCUCGGGCCGGUUCGUGAGGCACGAUCAAUUAUGGCGGCUCGGUUUCGUGAGCUCAACCUACUCGACCGGGAGGUUCGAGAGAUGAGUUGGAUCGAGUCGGUGGUUUAUUUCUCGGGUUUAAAGAAUGGUAGUUCGGUUGAGGAUCUCUUAGACAGAAAGCUUCAUACCAAGACAUUUUUUAAAGCCAAGUCCGAUUAUGUUCAAGCUCACAUAGACGUGGAGGAUUUGACCAAAAUGGUCAAUAUGUUGUCAAUGGAGCCUAAGGCUUACUUGAUUAUGGAUCCGUAUGGAGGAUCGAUGGCUCGAAGAAGGAUCGAUGAUCUACCAUUUCCGCACCGGAGUAAGAAUCUUUAUGCCAUUCAACAUUUGAUCGAGUGGACUCGAGCUGAUGAUGGAGGUAGAGAGGGGUAUAUUCAAUGGAUAGGAGAAUGGUACGAGUUUAUGGGGCCGAUGGUGUCACGCGAGCCGAGGGCCGCUUAUGUGAAUUAUCUUGAUCUAGAUUUAGGGCACAUGGGAGGGGGGUCGGAUUGUAUGGGGUGCGAAGAUCACGUAGAGAAGGCAAGAGAAUGGGGGGAGAGAUAUUUUUUGGGAAAUUAUGAUCGAUUAGUUCGUGUGAAGACGAUUGUUGAUCCUGAUAAUGUGUUUUGGAACGAGCAAAGCAUACCGCCGUUGACAUUAAGUCAACGGCUUGUGGGACAUGGCAUGGUAUAAGAUUUUAGGGUUUAAUUAUUAAUUUUAAUUUGUUUUGAGUGUAAAAUAAUUGCAUGAUACUACUUCAAAAAUUCAACACCGGUGUAUUUAAUUUAUCAGUAUGUUGCUUAUUUGGAUGUACUUUUAAUGAAGCUUUGUGCAGAUAAGCUAAGAGCACAAAUCAAAGAGGCCACCGUCAA